AUGCCACCCCAACCAAACCUCCGAAGACCCGCCGCUCCCACUCCAGACUCUCCGCACCGACAUCGACAACCAAGCAGACCACGACCCAGAUAUGCAGUCCCCCAGCCACAAUUCCAGACCCCUCCUUCUCACGCGACGCCACAGCUACAUCCCUCGUCGGGGCCCAUCCAGAGCGUUCAAUCCGUGCACCCUGCCGCAGCAGCACAAGCAGCCAUCUACGGCCUCUUUAGCCGGAGCGGUCGACAGCGGCCGCAGAUGAUGGAUGAGGAUGAUGAUGAGUCGGAUGAUGGGCUGAAUGAUACAUUUGCGCAGGAAGAUCCGAGGCGAAUUACCAUUGAUACGGAGGGGAAUGAGGUUAGUUUGUCGGAUGAGGAGGCCGCAGGGAUGUUUGAUGAGGAGAUGGAAGGUGGGGAGGAGGACGAGGAUGAGCUAAUGCAGGAUCGAGACAGAUCCCCGACACCCCUUCCGCCUAACCUCCGCGAGAUCUCGUCACUAGCCUCGUGGACAGUCUCAACACACAAGCCAGGCUGCGGUGUCGCUGCUCUUCGUAGCACAAACCCGUCAGAAUACUGGCAAUCUGACGGUCCGCAACCGCACACGCUCAGUCUCCAUUUCUUCAAACUUGUUGCUGUUGUCCGGAUCCGCGUGUACCUUGACUUCGAAAUGGACGAAAGCUACACUCCCACCAAAAUGGUCUUCCUGGCUGGUAUGGGCGGUAACGAUCUCGUCGAGUUUGCAACAUGGGAAGGAGACACACCAUGCGGCUGGGUGAACAUAUCGCUGGAGAACGUGGGAGGUCGAAGCGGUGGCUGGGUUAGGAAGAAGAGACGAAAGCGAGUUACUCGUGCGAACGAUAAACGCGCCUCUGUAUCGGGGACAACAAAGACGAAGGCCUCUUCUGAGGCAAAGCUGGACUAUGAUUACAUAUUCUCCGACUCCGAACACCUGGAGUACGAUGAGGGCGCCUACGAAGACGAUAACGACGAAACGGCUGAUGAAGAUGACGAGGACGAUCCGUACGCAGGCAACGUGCUGAAAGCAAUGGUCAUCCAAAUGAAAAUCAUCGAGAACCACCAAAAUGGCAAAGAUACACAUGUGCGCGGGUUUCAGGUGUAUGCACGAGACGAUGACCGUCGCCGCGCGGGCAAUGCCCCGUCUGCUUCUGCAGAUGGGCGGGUAGGGAGACAGAGUUUACGGCAGUCGAGUGUUAAGGAUGGUGAGGAGCAUGAUGCUGAGGAUGACGGGGGUAGGGUUAUGGGGUUGGAAGAACCGGAUUGGAUGGGGGAGCCUGUUAUUCGAUGA